AGUUCGGCUCGAGUCCAUAUGUUGGGGCCCACGUACCGAAAGGCGAGAUUCUUCGACGCUGGGUUUCAAUUUUCCAUCACUUUCACUCGCAGUGGCUUUGAUUGAUUAAUUUCUUUGGCUUCAAGCUAGAGAAAACGUGAUUGAUCAUCCCAAAGUGGCGUUAGAUGAUAAACUCUGGAGGAAUCUUCCCAAAUUAAGCUUCGUUUCAUUCCGACACUGAUUUUUUCUUCUUUGUUGGUGGUAUUGCUGUGAAACACCCAGAAUAUGGUUUAUGGGUUUUGUUGUUGAUCCGUGAUUUUGGUGUGAUUCGGUGAAGAGCUGUUGGAAUUUUGGGGUUUUGGGUGAUUUACGGAAUGGGAUAAUGGCUAUGUGUAAAACCCAGAGAAGGAAAUCGAUUUCAGGGUUUUUUUCCUAGUCGAGAUCGUGGUUGAUUGCGAUUUUGGUGAUGAAACGGAGCUAGAAUCCGCAACAUAGGAUCUGGUCAAGUUCUUGAGCGCUGUUUCUCUCAUCUUCGUCUGGUCUCUGACAGAUUAAAGGAGAUGAUCGGGAGCCCAGGAACUAUGAGUGGGUUGAUGUUGAGAUUAGGGCAGUGUGCUUCUUCUGCUGCUUCGAUUGGUGUCAUGAUUUCUACUUUCGGCUUCUCCGGCUACACCGCCUUCUGCUUUUUAGUUGCAUCUAUGGGUCUUCAAUUGAUGUGGAGCUUCGGACUAGCUUGUCUUGACGUUUAUGCAAUAAGGAGAAAAACUGAGUUGCAGAGUCCCAUUCUAUUGAGCCUCUUCACUGUUGGUGACUGGGUUACUGCAUUUCUGUCUCUUGCGGCUGCGUGUUCAUCAGCAGGAGUUACAGUUUUAGUUGUAGAAGAUACCAAUUUUUGCAGGCAACGAGUCUAUCUGUCCUGCAAUAGGUUUCAGAUAUCCGUCGCUUUUGCGUUCAUCACCUGGGCUCUGGCUGCGGUAUCAUCACAUGUGAUGUUUUGGAUCUUGACAUGACAUCAUCUCCAAUUUACAGAAUUCAUCAUACUUCAUGAAUUCCUAAGACAACUGUGCCUCGGAGACUUCUCUCGUGAGAAUGCUUAUGAUGUAUCCGAUCUCAUCAGCAACCUCUUUCAUCGAUGGACGAUUCUGCCUCCGCUCAUUGAGGCACGCUGCCGCUAAGUUGCCAAGUGACUGCAUUGUCUCCAGUUCAACUUUGUUAGCCGUCUUCUUCAGCAGCGGAUCAAUGCAUUCCAUCAAUCUUUCUUCAUCCAUCAUCUUGUUCAUGU